AUGCUAGUGGAUGCGCACUGUCAUCUCGACGGCAGCGCAGACAGCCGCGGAUGUGCGGAGUAUGCGAGGAACGUGCGGGUGUGCCUGAUGAGUACGAACCCGCAGGACGCUGAGAUGUUGUCGGUAGGGAUUGGUCUUGGCAAUGCGGUGUGCGCGUUUGGCGUGCACCCGUGGUUCUCGCACUGGUUCUACGUAGGCGAUGCGCCUGGGAAGCUGGAGCAUUACAGUCGGGUGAUGCAGGCGGAUGCUGCGGAUGAGGGCUUUCUGUCGCUGGUGGAUGAGUUACCGGACCCCAUUGACCUGGACCAGUACAUACGGGACCACUUUCCCAAGGGCCGGUGGCAAGUCAUCGGUGAAGUGGGACUCGAUAAGCUGUUCCGUGUGAAGCGUAGGGACGGCACACUGUCGCGCUGGCAUGUGUCCAUGGACCACCAGCGGGUGGUGUUGGACAGGUUCCUUGAUCUGGCAGUGCGGACCGGACUAAGUGUGUCGCUGCAUGGCGUCAAGGCUCAUGGCUCUCUGCUGGACAGGUGCGAGAAGAAGCUGCUGAACACACCUUGUAACAUCUGCUUGCACUCGUAUACGGGUCCUGCAGAUACUUUGACGGCCCUGUGGAUACGCAAGUUUGGUCACGAGCGCAUAUUUGUGUCCUUAUCACAGUACAUUAAUCUAGACGACAAGCAUAGAGCGGUCACUGAGAACAUACUAGACAUAUGUCCCAAGACUUGCAUAUUACCAGAGACAGACUUCGAGAUCAAUAAGCAUGACGCACAACGGUUGGAGAUGUCGCUGCGCACAGUUUACAACUUCAUAGGCCAGAGGUGGGGCAUAGAUAACUACGAAGAAUUGAUGCAAACCAACUUUGAGUCAUUUUAUGGGCACUCAAUUGCUCAGUAA